AUGGAAGUGCCUUAACUUUCAAGAACAAGAUUUAGUUCUAAGAAGCUUAGCGAAAGAAUAAGAAUCGAUAAAAAGGGUCAUCCUAUAUUGAAAGGGUAUAAAAUGCAUUAAGUUACAUUCAUUGAUUAAAUUGUUAAAGGAAAUAAAUUACAUGAAAUAAUAUUAGUAGAUUGUUGGAAGGAGUAUAAUUUCAAUAAAUAUAAAAAUCAAAAUUAAAAAUGCUGUUUGAUUAGUUGA